AUGCAAAGAAGGAACAGUGCUUCUAAGCACAGAAGUGAUCUGUGGAGUGAGCAGUCCUACAACCGCACAGUGCAAUCAGUAUCCUCGGUGGAUGCUCUGGCAGUCCCCUGGAGCGCGGUGGAGGCGCGACUGGCUUUACCCUCGGCUCUUGGAGUAGCCGGCAUUCCUGCACUGGUCCUGACCUCGCCUACUGGCAGCGUGCUAACUGUCAAUGGAAGGACGCAUCUAGCUGCUGAUCCUCUAGGACUGAGCGCGGUGGAGGCACGACUGGCGCUACCCUCGGCCCUUGGAGUAGCUGGUAUCCCUGCACUGGUCCUGACCUCGCCUACUGGUAGCGUGCUGACUGUCAAUGGAAGGACGCAUCUGGCUGCUGAUCCUCUAGGAUUGGUGAGUAAAACGUCCUAUAACCGCACAGUGCAGUCUGUUUCCUUGGUGGACGCAUUAGCUGUGUCCUGGAACGCAGUAAAGGCACUACCCUCGACCCUUGGAGUAGCUGGUAUCCCUGCACUGGUCCUGACCUCGCCUACUGGCAGCGUGCUGACUGUCAAUGGAAGGACGCAUCUGGCUGCUGAUCCUUUAGGACUGGUGAGUAAAACGUCCUAUAACCGCACAGUGCAGUCUGUUUCCUUGGUGGACGCAUUGGCUGUGCCCUGGAGCGCAGUAAAGACAAGGCUGGCGCUACCCUCGGCCCUUGGAGUCGCCGGCAUCCCUGCACUGGUCCUGACCUCGCCCACUGGCAGCGUGCUGACUGUCAAUGGAAGGACGCAUCUGGCUGAUGAUCCUUUAGGACUGAACUUCCCGUGGGCGGCGCGGCCGGUGUCGGUGCUGACGGAGCAGGCGCUGCUGAAGAUGGCUCGACACGCCGCGCUCGUGCUCUUCGUCGACGACGAGGACUCCGAGAUCGAAUUCGCCGAGUCAGUGCUCACACCAUCCGCCGAAUCGUACUACGAGGAGUGCAGCAUCCAGUACCCAGGCUUCUGCCCCUACCAAAACUCUUCCGACGACGAAACCAUGGACUUUGACUACCCCACCUCCAAACAUUCCCGCGUCAAAAAGAAAUCUUUCAAGCACGUCAUGUUCUACAUUGGGAUAGACGGGACAGACAGCGCUGACAUGCUGAGAGAGCACAUCGGUCUUGAUGACGCUGUCCCGCUCUUAACUGCCAUAGACUUCCCCAAGCAGAGGAUGGUGACCAUGAACUAUGGAGACGAGAUUACCACGGAUUCUGUGCAGAAUUUCGUCGAUGCGUACCUUAGUGGUAACGCGGACUUCAAGCCUUUGAAGCCAUAUAGUGAAAAAUGUUAGAGGACUGAUGAUUGUUUGUAGCGAGUACGUUUUUCCAUAGAGAUUAAUAAAUUUGGAUCAUUUUGUAUGAUUAAGUAAUUUGGUUUUGAAUUAAGAUACGAUGUAUUGAUUGUAUUUCUGAAAUGAAAUUACAGUUGUUUACGUUGAUUAAACUCGCUACGAAACGAAAUAAAAUAUGUUUAAAUCAGACUUUUAUAAAAUAGUUUCAUUCAUUGUUAGUAGAGAGUAGAGAAUAGCGUAAUUUUUUGUAUUACAGACCAAAUACAUUUUAGAUUUGAGAUAUUG